AUGCAGGAGUCUUCCACUUCUCUGGCUAUGGAUGGCUACUCCAGCAAUGUGCCUGCAUUUCUCACCAAGCUGUGGACCCUGGUGGAGGACCCCGAGACCAACCAUCUCAUCUGCUGGAGCGUUAAUGGCACCAGCUUCCAUGUUUUUGAUCAAGGCCGGUUUGCGAAGGAGGUCCUGCCCAAGUACUUCAAACACAACAACAUGGCUAGUUUUGUGCGGCAGCUGAAUAUGUAUGGCUUUAGGAAAGUGGUCAAUAUUGAGCAAGGUGGACUUGUCAAGCCAGAGCGGGAUGACACCGAGUUCCAGCAUCUCUAUUUCCUUCAAGGCCACGAACAUCUCUUAGAACACAUCAAAAGGAAGGUAUCGGUUGUGAAAAGCGAAGAAACCAAGAUGCGCCAGGAAGACCUGAGCAGGUUAUUAUAUGAGAUCCAGAUCCUCAGAAGUCAGCAGGAGACGACGGAGUGUCAAGUGCAGGACUUGAAGCAGCAGAAUGAAGUUCUGUGGAGGGAAGUUGUGUGUCUGAGGCAGAAUCACUCGCAACACCAGAAAGUGAUCAAUAAGCUGAUUCAGUUUCUGUUCGGGCAGCUCCAAUCAAGCCCCAGCAACGCUGGAAUAAAGAGAAAACUACCUCUUAUGCUGGAUGAUGGAAACUCUGCUCCUCAAGUGUCAAAAUUCCGGAGGCAUUUGUCCGUGGACCCACUCCACGACUCCUAUUUCAUUCAGUCGCCCUGUGCAGAACCUGCCUCAUGUUUAAACAGCCCUGCCAUCACUGGAGGGCCAAUCAUAUCAGAUGUUACAGAAGCAUCGCCGUCAAAUGCUGUGGUAAUGCCGCCUCCUCCUGACAGUGAAAGAGCAGAAAUGGGCGACCCUUUAGAUGGUGCUGAUUUGAAUUUGGAAGGCCUUCAGAUCUUGCUGAGAAGCCAGCAGUACAAUCUGGAAGCCACCGGCUCUUUGGAUGUUUUCAACCCCACCGUUUCUGCAAGUGAAUGGAAUUUGAAUGACAUGGAGGCAAGUUUGUCCUCGUUCGUAUUUCUGCAUCAAGAUGCAGAAUCCCACUGUGGAUCUGGAGAAGAAUGCAACUGAGAUGUCCUAUCAAGCGUGAAAGCCUCCGUUCAACGCCCCCUGCCCAGGAGAGAAGUCAGUCUGGAGAGCACCCAACGGCACCUUGUUGGCAAACCACGAAUCCUUUGAGAAGCAACUUCGUAAAAGUACCUCAAAGUUUCACCUCCUUAUGCUCAGUCUGGAAAUGCAGUUUCCGUCAUGUCCUUUGCGGACUUUGGGAAAAGCCUCCCAUAAAGCUGACCUCUCUGUAUGAGAAUGACGUGUGAGCUUUUGCUUAGUUUUAUGAGGCAGUUUGUGCCUUUCCUUUUCUACCAUGUUUACCACAGUGAAUAUCAAGGAGUGGACAUCUGUCUCGGUACAGUUCCUGCUGCUGCUUUCUCAAAAGUUAUACCCUAAUUUUCACUGUGCAUCUUCUUUAGCAAUGAAAGGGGAAUAUCUGGGUUUUUUCCCUGGAUCUCCCACCAUGUUAUUCUGGAAUUCUACAGGAAUAUCUAAACUUAGUUUCUUCUUUUGUUUGAUCUGCUACUGAAAAUCAGGUGAGGAGGUGGCCAGUCCUUUGACACUCCUUUGCUGCUGUUUAACUCUCACAACAAGUUUUUGUUGAAGAGAAUUUUGUACCUCAGUAAAAAGAUGCCUACCUUCUCACAAUUGGUCUCAACCGGUCCUUCUUCCUGAUUAUUUUUCUUCAUUAUUGGAACUUGAGCAUCUAUAAUAUGCUUCAUUAUUGGAACUUGAGCAUCUAUAAUAUUGGCCUGAUCCUGUUUGAGACUUGUUACACUAUUAAGUGCUUGAGAUGGGACUACGUUGUUGGGUGAGAAUCCACAAGGGGACAGAGUUCGAUGUGUCAGGAUCAGGUUGGCCAUCGAACAACUUGCCUUGAUCAGAGUCUAUUACUUGUUCAGACAAGAGUUGCACUGGAACGGAAAUGUAUUUGGAGGAGAAUGUCUUUGAUGUAGUGGAUAUGCUUGCAAGCAUUUAUAUUCCAAUUUGACUUUUCCAGCAUUCAUAUGAGCACUACUAGUUGUUAGAAUGCUAGUUAAGAGGGUUUUUUUUUAAAGUUGCAAAAGGCCUUUAACAUCUUAAACUUGCAACCUAUUUCACUGAGAGAACUAAAUACUUAAGUGUUUAAGAAGCUGAAUUUCUAAAAGCAAAAUUUGAAAAUGUUGCCAAAUUUUAAAUGUAUGUUUGCUCCUGUUUGCAUUCCCUUAAAAUGGCACAUGACUCGGGGGUGGGGGAGGAACUGGAGUAUAUGAGGAAGCACUUAGAUGUCACAUACUUCCUGCAAACAGAGUGCCAGGUGCAAAAACAUACAGUACUCUCCCUUUUCCAUCUCCACUGCAAAUGUUCCCCUUUUCCCUUUGUCAAUUUACCCUGGUUCAUUGAGCACAGUUACCCCCAAGGCAAUUAUAGAGUAACACAAGAUGGAACAUGAUUAACCCAAGUUUUGGACUGUAUCAUCCAUGGUCUACAAAGAAAUUGCCAAAAAUAUGUGAUAAUCAGUUGGGUGGGGAGGCUAGAAGGCAUCUGCCAUGUUGGGUCAGUAUACUGGACAAGUGUAAAAACCAGCACUCCGUUACCUCAGGGAAGGUCUUUGUAUAAAAUGCUCCUAUUUAGCUGGUGUGGAAAAGGAAGUUGACUCCAGAAAGACUCUCUUAUACUCUGGGAUAUUUCAGAUUGUGUGUGGAAAUAAAACCCUAGCAAAAAAAAAGCUGCAGGCUUUUCAUAUACUGCCAAAUGAGAAUAUAAGGGCUGUUUUCACACUGCUUACUGGCUACAGAACAUCACGUUGUUCUCACGCAAAAUCACGCCAGGAAGACACUGUUGUUCCGGGAGCUCGGCGCAAUGUUCUGUGGCCAGUAAGCAGUGUGAAAACGGCCAUUAUCUGGCUUCCUUAGCAUUCACUGAAUCGCCUUGAUUUUUACUCAGAGAGAUACUUUAGGCAUGCCUACACCACAGAGAGAUAUCAGGUUGUAUGCCACUUUACUGUCAAGGCUUUCCCUCCAAAAUCCUGGGAACUACGGUUUGGUAAUGGGACUGAGAAUUCUUUCUUUAGAGGCCCUGAACCGGAGUUCCCACAGAUUUCCUGGAAAGAGGGAAUAUCAGUUAAUUCAAGUUUGUAGUGUAGAGACACCCUUUGAAUAUCUGGGCUGCCAGAGAAUAAAUAGGUUGCAAGCAAAUUAAUUUGAGACAGAGUUUAGCAGGGCUGCAUCCUGAAAUACAGUGCUCAGUUUUAGAGCUAAGACCUAGAAUAUAUUAACACUCAAGAGUAUUUGUACAAAUUGUCUUUUCCUCAGUAUUGAGUAAGCUCACCAGCCUUCAUACAUCUGUAUUAGGAGAACAUGACUUCUGGGAAGGUUUGACCCCCCCCCACCCCAGCACAGGUGAUUGUAUGGUGCAUGAACGGGGGAAGGGACAUUUCAACAUCUUGAUUCUGAGAUAUUUUCUGCAUCUUAAAUUCUUCUCAGGUGCACAGUAGGUUUAUAUGCAGUAAAUGUACUUCAGUUCUCAAACCAGGCUUCUUACAGAAGAUAAUGGCAGGUUUAUGGUUUAAUUAGAUCUUUCAGUAUUUUCCAAGUCUCUUUUGUUUACAGAUACCUCUGAUCAGUCCAGUGAGUGAGUUCACUGUCAAUGAUUGAUAUGAAGGGGCAAGACAGAAGGGCAGGAGGUGAGGCCAGCCUGCCCCCUGGCCUUUUUGCAACUCAAUCCAUCACCUUUAGACACAUUUUUUCUAGGUGCCUUAGACAACAUUUACAGAUAUAGUUGCACCCCCCUCCUUUCACAACAAAGAGUAAAGUUUCCAAGCAGGAGUAAUUUAUAUAGUCAUCACAUCUCUAUUUCUGUUGGAGGUUUUUUGAAACUGGCUAAUUAGAACAAACAUCAAUGGGGUAAGUCUUCCAAGCAUUUUUCUUAAAGAGCAUCGUGUGAUUAUAUCUGUUGGCUAUUUGAUGCUUUGUUAAGGUUACUUGAAAUUGAUUCGCUGAUCCUACCAUUUUGCACUAUGCUAUUUAUUUGUAAAGUUUUACAAUGUAUGCUAAUUAAAGGGGUUUUUUUGUCCUCA